AUGGCUACACAAACGGAAUCAGGAUCAGUCCUUGAUGGGCUGGUCAGUGGCGCAACAAAAACGAUUUCUGAGCUUGCAAAGCGUAUAUACAUACCACUGACACCAACCAGCCCACCGGGUCUUAUCGAGGCCAACACUGUUGACCCCUGGAUUGAGUCGGGCAAAUACGCCCUUGGAUGGACAUUUUUUGCCCUAGCACUGGUAGGAUGCGUCCUGUUCACCAGGGUGUGGCACUUUUGGCAAGACAAGAUCCGCCAGGCCAUCUACAAACAGGAGAUUGAAAAUCACAAUCGACAGACAUACGAUCCAAAUCUACUAUUCUCCAACAUGGCAGAAAAUCCACAGACGGGACGAAGCAUGGGCCAGCACUUCUUCCCCGAGGAUAGCGCUGGCAAGGAGGAGAUGGCGUUUCGACCCAAGGCACACAUGUCUUCAGUCGGCUUUGUUAACGACACCUUGGCAUUAUUCAGAUGGAUCUUUUACCGACCGAUACCAGACAUAACGUGGCGCAAGCAUCGAAUCACCUUUUCGUCCCUGGCGGUUCUGGCCGUCGUCUUCGUUGCUCUCGUCUUUGUCACGCUCUACUGCUUUCUGCUGCAGCCACUGUACUGGCAGAGCAUCAAGUUCGGGUCGCCACCGGUGGCUGUCAGGGCGGGCAUGAUCGCCGUGGCACUCACCCCUUGGAUCAUAGCCACCAGCAUGAAGGCGAACCUGGUCACUUUUGUCACUGGCAUCGGUCCAGAGCGGCUUAACGUUUUCCACCGCUGGGCUGGAUACCUGACUCUAUUCCUGUCUCUCGUCCACUGCAUACCGUUUUACGUCCAGCCUGUGUGGGAUGACGGUGGAUUGGAAGUCUUCUCGAGGCUCUUCCCUGAAGGAAGCGGUGCCAUCUAUGGAACCGGAAUCGCGUGUCUGGUUCCCCUCGCAUGGCUAUGCAUCGCCUCGCUCCCUUUCAUUCGCCGCAUUGCCUACGAGAUCUUUGUCAUGCUUCACGUGCCCGUCGGCUUGAUCUACGUUGCCGUGCUAUUCUGGCACACCAAGAACUUUCUUUCGUCCUGGCACUACCUCAUCGCCACGUUGGCCAUAUUCUUCAUAUGCUCGAUAAUGCGCCUGUUCAACCUGAACUGGGCAAAGCCGUGGCGCAUGGCAUUCAUGGUGGGCGACGAGGCUGCCAUCACCCUCAUGGCCGAGAACGCCGUCAAGAUCACCAUACCGACACAAAUGCGCUGGAAGCCGGGGCAGUUUGUGUACCUGCGCAUGCCAGGAAUCUCCUUCUUGGACAACCACCCCUUCACCAUAUCCUCGCUCUGCAGCGAAGAUUUCCCGUCCGAGUACGGCGAGCAGUACCGCGACUGUGUGCUCGUCUUCCGCCCAUAUGGUGGCUUUACGAGGCGGGUGCUCGAGACGGCCAUAGAGAAGGGACCAUUCCACACAUACCGCGCCUUUCUCGAUGGGCCCUAUGGCGGUAUGCGAAGGGAUCUGGCCGCGUUCGAUACCGUCAUUCUGAUCGCGGGCGGCAGUGGUAUCACCGCACUGAUGUCUCAGCUGUUGAACCUGAUCAAGCGGAUGCGUGACGGAAAGGCCAUCACCAAGAAGAUAGUAGUGGUGUGGGCGUUGAAGAGGCUCGAGGCGAUGGACUGGUUUCGCGAAGAGCUGAGGAUCUGCCGGGAGGCCGCGCCACCCGAGAGUGUUACUUGCAAGUUCUUCGUCACCAAGGCGGUGCGGCAACAGCCGGGUAUCAUGGCGGGCCCCGGGGGUGACGGGUAUUUCGGGGCCGCUGGACAGCAAAACCAUCGGGCACCCCGACCCCUGAGCAACAUGUUCCACGACAAACUGGACGGCUUCGUUGCGGGCAUCGCGUCGAAGAGAAACUCGGCGCUUAUCCACGCAGAGGCGAGGGGCGAUCCAGAAAGGGAGAGGGAGCUGAGGGCCGAGGACGAGGACCGCAUCACAGCACUCCCUCAGCAGAAAUACCUCCAGCCUCACAACAUCCCACCCCCUCCGCCAAACCCCCCUGCCUCCUUCAAAGACAGGUCAUCAGCCAUGAACGAUGCCCUUCGAAGACUUGAGGGCCGCGAUCCCAGCAUCGAUCAGAACCACGACGAGGACAAGAAGGAGCCUCUCCCUGUAGACGAAACCAACAGGGACUCACAUCCGGUGGACAAGAAGUCUGCAGACGGCGAGUUCCAUUUCACCCCGCCGCAGCGGCUGGACGUACCCAAGUUUCAGCAUGCGCCCCCGGGCUCGGUGGCUCACGCGAGAUACUCGCAGCUCUUCCUCACGCCCCCGGGGACCGACGGCAACCCGACCCCAGAGCCGGGCGGCAGCCCACAGCCGGGCAGCAAAGCCGCGUCGUCUGACGCUCCGCGGGCACCAGACCUGGCGCACCUGCGGCCGGGCCUCACGCACCUGACCAUCCCGGAGCAGCCGCAGACCCGACCGGUGCGGCCGACGUCGACGUUUGGCCCGCCGUCGGGGUUCGAGUUUGGCUUCCCCGAGACGCCGACCGAAUUCCAAAAGUCGCUGAUGAGGUUCGCCUUCCCCGUCCCUCACCAGAUCGACGGCGGCUGGUCCGUCGAGUACGGCCGCCCGGACCUGGGCUACAUGCUCAAGGAGUGGGCGACCGGCGGCUCUGACGGACGAGGAAUCCUGGGCCGGAGGACCGCCGUCUUUGUGUGUGGACCCCCGGCCAUGCGGGUCGGCGUCGCCAACACCGUGGCGCGCCUGCAGGCGGAGAUUUGGGGAGAUGACAUGCUGGAGGAGAUAUACCUGCACACGGAGAAUUAUGCUCUGUGA